UCCUGAUCAUCUGACUCGACGCACUGAAAUCGAAAGUAAAGAAUACAAGUGAAAGUAAAGUUGAUCCGCGUACAUUUUACGAACACGAGCGAAACAUUUAUAUUUAUUCCGAUUUAUGGCUAAAGGACAAGAUUGAUUUGGUUUAAUGUGAGAGUUGAAGAUGCGCGGACCGAGCUAUGUUUUGAUGUCAGUGCUGCUGAUGAUCGGCGAUGGUUUGAUUAUAAAAGGUCCCUCUGGUCCUCUGGUUGCUCCUCUGGGAUCCUCUGUGGUUUUGCCCUGUUCUGUUGAUGAACUUUUAUCAGUGAAGGAUCUGGAGGUAGAAUGGAAAAGAACAGACUCAGAGACUUUAGUUCAUCUGUAUCAGGACGGUGAGAGUCGAACAGAAUCCCAGCAGCAGGAUUAUCAGGAUAGAGCUCAUUUCUUCACUGAUCAGAUUCAACAUGGAAACUUCUCCCUCCGGCUGGACAAUCUGAGAGCUGAAGAUGAGGGACAGUAUAAAUGUAAAGUUUACAUUCAGCAAGAGUCUGGUGAGACUGUGGUUCAAAUAAAAGUUAAUGCUGAGCGUUUGAGAGUAUCAGGUUCAGAUCACUCCAUAUCUGCGUCUGUGGGUGAAGACGUCACUCUGAACUGCUCUGUAGACUCUCACAUCCCACCUGGAGACCUUGAAGAGGUUACAUGGACUAAAACAGAUGAAAAUAUUCAGGUUCUGCUCUACCAAGACAAUAAUACACAUUCAUCAAAUGAGCGAUAUAGAGACAGAGUUGAGCUCUUCCCUGCUGAAAUCCACAAAGGAAACUUCUCUCUCAGACUGAAGAGCAUCAGAACUGAUGAUAAAGGAGUUUACAUGUGUCAGGUGUUUGCUGGAGAUUUAUCAGCCAACGCAACUGUAGUACUGGAGAGACUGGGUGAGUAACAGACGUGUCAUACUUUGUAAAGUGGAACAUUUAAUGGCAGCAGAAUCAUGCCGUGCCAAAUCAACUAAAUUUGGUAGAAAGGUGGCAGCAUCGUGGAUGGAAUCUAGAAAUUUUAACAAUCCAGAAAAAAUGUAAACUGAAAAAAACAUUAAGGAAAAAAUAAAACUGAUUUCAUAUGGCCCUAACCAUGUAAGAUGCCAUUCAAUUUACUUACAAUGAAGAAAAAAAGACAUGCAGUGCAAAAAGAUGAGCAAACAAUUUCAGCAUAAAAGCAGCAUCUCUUCAUUAGUGGGUAAAGCCAAAAAUACUACCUGUAAGAAGGAAAUCUAGCUAACCUCGAAGGAUAAAAAUACAAAUAAACAACAUAAUUCUUACCCACUUUCCUAACUAGCAAAAACAAGGACAAAAGAAAAUGGCACCCAACUCCCUACUACUUCAGCACUUGU